CGACACACUGUGACCAUGAUUCCUGGGGAUGGCAUUGGUCCUGAGCUUAUGUUUCAAGUCAAGAAUGUCUUCCGAUAUGCAAGUGUGCCUGUGGACUUUGAGGAGGUGAAGAUUAACUCCAGUUCUUCAGAAGCAGAUCUUCAUAAUGCCAUCAUGUCAGUCCGUCGAAACCGUGUGGCCAUAAAGGGCAACAUUGAAACUGACCACAACUUGCCCCCAUCUCACAAAUCCUGCAAUAACAUCUUUCGCACCAGCCUCGAUCUCUAUGCCAAUGUCAUCCAUUUUAAGAAUAUGCCAGGUGUGGAGACCUGGCACAAGAAUAUAGAUAUCAUAGUUGUUCGGGAAAAUACAGAGGGAGAAUACAGCAACCUGGAGCAUGAGAGCGUGAAGGGAGUGAUAGAGAGCCUAAAGAUCAUCACCAAGGUCAAGUGCAUGCGCAUUGCCAACUAUGCCUUUGAACUUGCCCAGAAGAUGGGGCGCAAGAAAGUGACAGCUGUGCACAAGGCCAACAUCAUGAAACUAGGAGAUGGUCUCUUCCUCCAGUGCUGUCAGGAGGUAGCAUCCUGCUAUCCUCAGCUCACCUUUGAAUGCAUGACUGUGGAUAACACCACCAUGCAGCUGGUAUCCCAGCCCCAGCAGUUUGAUGUCAUGGUGAUGCCCAAUCUUUAUGGCAAUAUUAUCAACAAUGUCUGUGUAGGGUUGAUUGGGGGAGCAGGACUUGUGCCUGGUGCCACUUAUGGCCACCUAUAUGCGGUUUUUGAAACAGCUGCAAGACAGUCGGGCAAGAAUAUAGCCAAUAAAAACAUUGCCAAUCCUACUGCCAUGCUGCUGGCAAGUUGCAUUAUGCUGGAUUACCUCAAGCUCCAGACCUAUGCCACCACCAUUCGGACUGCAGUCUUGGCUUCCUUGAAGAAGAAAGAGACCAGUACCCCAGACAUUGGAGGCCACGGCAACACACAGAACAUCAUUCAAAAUGUCAUCAGGCGCAUCAGCACUGCCAAGUAA